GCCUCAGGAGCGGCGGCCUUUCGCGGGGACCUGCCUCCUCCUCCCCGACCCUCCCGCACCCCGGCCCCGACCGAAGAGGCGGCGGUGGACCCGCGCCCGCGGAAACGGACGCUCCCGGGCCGGGGGGGGGAAACCUCCGCCGGCGGCUGCCCGGGGAAGACCCUCCCCCCUCCCUUUUGCGCGGAAGGCGGGGGCGGCGCGCGCGCGCGCCCCCGAGGACGCAGGUGUGCUUUCUUUCGAUACGGCGGCACCGUGGAAGUGCAGACUUUCACGGCGGGCGUGGUCUCAGCUCACACAGGCACAGCAGAGGCCAGUGGACCUGAGCGGAGGCUGGGACGCCCCGGGGGGCCCCGGGCCCUGGACGGCGGGUCCCGGUGGCCAGCGGCCCAGAAUGAGGCCGGUUCCCAGCAUGCCCUGCAGCCGGACGCCAGCCCCUCGGCCAGCAGCAGCAGCAGCAGCAGCAGCGGUGGUGACGGUGGUGACGACGACACCAUCCUCCAGGCACCUAGCGUGGACCCCGGGGGUGGGACCAUGCAGAGCAGCCCCUCCCCCAUCCACCCGCCGCUCCCAGUUCUGCAGUCCCAGAUGGUGUCGGACAGCAUGACGGGCAGCAACCCCGUGUCUCCAGCCUCGUCUGGCUCCCCGGCUUCAAGCGGGGCAGGCGGGCUGUCCCCGCAGCACCUGGCCCAGGACUCCUCCCUGGAUGGGCCCCCUUGCUCUCUGGAUGGGCCCGGCUUGCCCUUGGGAGGGCUGGGCCUGCCCCAGCCUGCCGACCCGUCCAGCCGAGGUCCCAAGUGGGAGAAGAGCCACGCCGAGAUCGCCGAGCAAGCCAAGCACGAAGCAGAGAUCGAAACCCGGAUUGCAGAGCUGCGGAAGGAGGGCUUCUGGUCCCUGAGGCGGCUUCCCAAGGUCCCCGAGCCCGUCCGGCCCAAAGGACACUGGGAUUACCUGUGCGAAGAGAUGCAGUGGCUUUCGGCCGACUUCGCUCAGGAGCGGCGUUGGAAGCGCGGGGUGGCCCGGAAGGUGGUGCGCAUGGUGAUCCGCCAUCACGAGGAACAGCGUCAAAAGGAGGAGCGAGCCAAGCGGGAGGAGCAGGCCAAGUUGCGGCGCAUCGCGGCCUCCAUCGCCAAGGAGGUCAAGCAGUUCUGGAGCAACGUGGAGAAGGUGGUUCAAUUUAAGCAGCAGUCGCGCCUGGAGGAGAAGCGGAAGAAGGCCCUGGACCUGCAGUUGGACUUCAUCGUGGGCCAGACGGAGAAGUACUCGGACCUGCUGAGCCAAAGCCUCAACCAGCCCCCGGCCCCCGCCCCGAGCAAGGCCGGCUCCUCCCCCGGCCUCGGCUCCUCCCACACCGGCUCCGCCGCUUCCAGCCCCCCCCCGCCCCCCGCCCUCCGGUUCGACGACGAAGACGGGGACUUCCAGCCCCAGGAAGAAGAGGAGGAGGACGACGAGGAGACCAUCGAGGUGGAAGAGCAGCAGGAGGGCAACGACGUGGAGGCGAGGCGGCGGGAGAUCGAGCUGCUGAGGCGGGAGGGGGAGCUGCCCUUGGAGGAGCUGCUCCGCUCUCUGCCCCCCCAGCUGCUGGCAGCUCCCUCCAGUCCUUCCAGCGACGGCGACUCCCGAGAUGCCCUGGAGGAGGAUGGCGAGGAAGAAGAGCCCCCCCGGGGGCCGAAGGGCCGGCCGCCGGCCCCCGGCCCCCAAUGUAACAAGCGGCCGUGGCCUCUCGACGAAGAGGACAAGGAGUUUUCGGCCAACGAGGACGAAGCGGAGGACGAAGAGGACACAAUCGCGGCGGAGGAGCGGUUGGCCGGGGAAGUGGAUCACGCCACGGAGCUGAGCGAGCUGGCCAGGGAAGGAGAGCUGUCCAUGGAGGAAUUGCUGCAGCGUUACGCGGGGGCCUACGCCGCCGACGCCUCGCCCCCGCCCUCCGAGAGCACCAGCGAGGCCGAAGAUGAGGAAGGAGCCAGUAGCUCGGGCCGCGAAGAGGAGGAGGAGGAGGAGGAACAGGAGGAGGACGAGGAGGAGGAAGAGCCCUCCCAGGAGGACAGCAGCAGUCAGUCUGAAUCGGCUGAGGAACCCAGUGAGGAGGAAGAGGAGGAGGAGGAGGACGACGACGACGACUCCGAAGAGGACGAGGCCAGCGACGAUUCCGAGUCAGAGGGGUUGGAGUCGGAGGAGUCGGAGGACGGGUCACGGUCCCGGGGCCAGUCGGAGGAGGAGGAGGAGGAGGAAGAGGAGGAGGAGGAGGAUGAAGAGGAAGAUUUCGGGGUGGAGUUUUUGCUGGCCCAGGACGAGGAGCGGAGUGAAACCGAGGGAGGCAGCGACCCUCCCACCCCGGGACCUCCGGCCUCCCUGGGUCCCAAGAAGGAGAUUACCGACAUCGCCGCUGCGGCCGAGAGCCUCCAGCCCAAGGGCUACACGCUGGCCACCACCCAGGUGAAGACGCCCAUCCCCCUGCUGCUGAGGGGCCAGCUGCGCGAGUAUCAGCACAUCGGGCUGGACUGGCUGGUGACCAUGUACGAGAAGAAGCUCAACGGCAUCCUCGCCGACGAGAUGGGGCUGGGCAAGACCAUCCAGACCAUCUCCCUGCUGGCCCACCUGGCUUGUGAAAAGGGUAACUGGGGUCCCCACUUGAUCAUCGUCCCCACCAGUGUGAUGUUGAACUGGGAGAUGGAACUAAAGCGCUGGUGCCCCAGCUUUAAGAUCCUUACUUACUAUGGGGCCCAGAAGGAGAGAAAACUGAAGCGGCAGGGCUGGACGAAGCCCAACGCCUUCCACGUCUGCAUCACGUCCUACAAGCUGGUGCUGCAGGACCACCAGGCCUUCCGGCGCAAGAACUGGCGCUACCUCAUCCUGGACGAAGCUCAGAACAUCAAGAACUUCAAGUCCCAGCGCUGGCAGUCGCUGCUCAAUUUCAACAGCCAGCGACGCCUGCUCCUGACUGGGACGCCCCUCCAGAACAGCCUGAUGGAGCUGUGGUCCCUGAUGCACUUCCUGAUGCCCCAUGUCUUCCAGUCCCACCGCGAAUUCAAGGAAUGGUUCUCCAAUCCCCUGACGGGCAUGAUUGAGGGCAGCCAGGAGUACAACGAGGGGCUGGUCAAGCGACUCCACAAGGUGCUGCGCCCCUUCCUGCUCCGCCGGGUGAAGGUGGAUGUGGAAAAGCAGAUGCCCAAGAAGUACGAGCACGUGAUCCGCUGCCGGCUCUCCAAGCGCCAGCGCUGCCUCUACGAUGACUUCAUGGCCCAAGCCACGACCAAGGAGACGCUGGCCACCGGUCACUUCAUGAGCGUCAUCAACAUCUUGAUGCAGCUGCGUAAGGUCUGCAACCACCCCAACCUGUUCGACCCCCGGCCCGUCACCUCGCCCUUCAUCACUCCUGGCAUCUGCCUCAGCACCGCCUCGUUGGUUCUGCGGGCCACCGACGUCCACCCCCUCCAGCGGGUGGACAUGGGCCGCUUCGACCUGAUCGGGCUGGAGGGCCGAGUGUCCCGCUACGAGGCCGACACCUUCCUGCCCCGGCACCGCCUCUCCCGCCGGCUGCUGCUGGAGGUGGCCACCGCCCCCGACCCCCCGCCCCGGCCCAAGCCCGUCAAGAUGAAGGUCAACAGGAUGCUGCAGCCCGUGCCCAAGCCCGAGGGCCGGACGGUGGUGGUGGUCAACAACCCCCGGCCCGCCUCGGGACCCAUCUCGGUCCGCCCCCCGCCAAGCCCCGAGCAGCCGGCCGGCCCCCCGGCAUCCUGCCCGCUGACUUGCGGCCCCGCCACCCCGGCCCCUCUGCUGCUGUCGGCCGUCCCGCCCGGGGCAUCGCACAACCCGGCUUCCCGCCCGGCGGGCCCCGUGCUGUUGCCCCCGCUGCAGUCCGGCGGCGGCCCCCUGCCCCACGUGCUGCCUCCCCCUCAGGGGGUGCCGGGAGGGACCCCCCGGCCCCCCACGCCGACCCUUCCCCCAAAGCCGGCUCCCCCCGCCCCGGUGCGCCUGAGUUCGGCCGGCCCGCCCAGCCUCUUGAAGCCCCUGACGGUGCCGCCCGGCUAUGCCUUCCCCGCCGCCACGCCGAACCCCGGGGCUCAGCGCCUCAUCCUCUCCCCCGACAUGCAGGCCCGCCUUCCCUCGGGAGAGGUGGUGAGCAUCGGGCAGCUGGCCUCCUUGGCUCAGCGGCCGGUGGCCAGUACGGGGGGCAGCAAACCCCUGACCUUCCAGAUCCAGGGCAACAAACUGACUCUGACUGGCGCCCAGGUGCGCCAGCUGGCCGUGGGGCAACCCCGCCCGCUGCAAAGGAACGUGGUGCACCUGGUGUCGGCCGGGGGCCAACACCACAUCAUCAGCCAGCCCGCCCACGUGGCCCUCAUCCAGGCGGUGGCCCCGCCAUCCGGCCCGGCCCCCGUCUCCGUGCUGCCCGCCCCGCCCCCCAGCAGCAGCCCCGCGCCCGCCGGCCUCAACCUCCCCCUCGCCGCCAAUCAGGUGACCCCGAGCGUGAUGAACAGCUCAGGCGUGGUGAAGAUCGUGGUGCGCCAGGCUCCCCGGGACGGACUGAGCCCCGCCGCCCCGCUGGUCCCGCCGGCUCUGCUGACCCCGCCCCGGCCCCCGCAGCCCUCAGGGCGGCUGCCCGCCCAGGGGCCCCUGCCCGCGCUGGUCAGGCCUGUGCUCAGGCUGCUGCAAAGCCCUCCUCUGGAGACGGCCACCUCCACACACGGAGUUUCUCCCGUGGCCGCCGCCUCCGUCCCGGUCUCCGCUCCCGUCCCCGCCCCGGGCUCGUCUCCACUCCCAGCGUCCUUGGCCGCUCCAGCUCCUCCCCCCGCCAUCCCGGCUCCGACGCUCGCCCCGGCGGCGCCUCCGUCACCGGGCCCGGCCCCGGUCCAUACCCUGGCCCUGGCUCCGGCUCUGUCCUCGGCUCCCGUUCAAACCCUGUCCCUGGUCCCGGCUCCCCCUCCGGCCUUGGCUCCGGCCUGCCCCGGCCCCGCCCCGCCGCCCUCCGCGGCUUCCGCCCAGCCCCAGGUCUCGGCUCCGUUGUGCGUCCCACCACAGGCCACGACUCCCACGCCGGGUCCGGGGUCGCCUCCAGCUCUGACCCAGGCCUCGGCGGCAGCUCCCGGCCCAGCCCCGGCUUCGUCUCCAACUCCCACUCCGGCCGUGGCUCCCUCGCCGACUUCGGCUCCGGCCCCGGCUUCGCCGUCAGCCCCGGCCUCGGCUGUGGGCGCCGCUUCGGCAGCGGCCUCCCUUCUGACUUCCGCCCCCAACCCCACCUUAGCGGCGACGUCGGCUCAGACCCGGGGCCCCGCCUCCGUCCCGGAAUCGCCCCUGACUCCGGCUUCGGUCCCCGCUCCGGCUCCAGCCCCCCCGGAUGGUCUCGACCCGACUCAGACGGCGGUAGCUUCGGCCACCCCUCCGGGUCUGACUCCAUCACAGACCCCUUCCCUGACAUCAGCCCCAACUCAGCCCGGGUCCCUGGGCCCGGCUCCCCCGACUCAGCCGCUGACCCUGGGUCUUGCUCCCCCGGCCCAGCCGGUAUCCCUGGAUCCAGCCCCCCUGGCUCAGCCCGUGUCUCUGGAUCUGGCCCCCCUGGUUCAGCCUGUAUCCCUGGCUCAGGCUCCCCCGGCUCAGUCCGUGUCCCUGGGUCCGGUUCUCCCAGUCCAGCCUCUGUCCCUGGGCCCGGUUCCCCCGGCCCAGCCUGUGUCCCUGGGAACGGCUGCCCCGGCUCAGACCGUGUCCCUGGGCCCGGUUCCCCCGGCCCAGCCUCUGUCACUGGGUCCGGCUCUCCCGGUCCAGCUUGCAUCCCUAGACCCCGCUCCCCCGGCUCAGCCCGUGUCCCUGGGCCCGGCUCAGCCCGUGUCCUUGGGUCCGGCUCAGCCCGUGUCCCUGGGCCCGGCUUCCCCGGCCCAGCCUCUGUCACUGGGUCUAAUCCCCCCAGCUCAGCUUGCAUCCCUAGACCCCGCUCCCGCGGCUCAGCCCCUGUCCCUGGGCCCGGCUCCCCCAGUUCAGCCCGUGUCCCUGGGCCCGGCUCUCCCGGUCCAGCCUCUGUCCCUGGACCCGGCUCCCCCCGCCCAGCCUCUGUCCCUGGGCUCGGGUCCCCCGCCGUCUCUAGGCCCCACUCCCCUGGCUCAGCCUCCAUGUGUGGCUACAAUCGCUCCUCUUGGCCCAGCUCAGACCCUGUCUCUGGCCCCAGCGUCCCCCCUGGGCCCGGCUGCAGCCCAUUCGCUGACCGUGGCCCCGACCCUGACGCUGAGCCCGGUCUCCGGCCCCAGUCUGGGCUCGGCUUCGCCCCAGACCCUGACCCUCGCUCCGGUCUCGGCGCUGGCCUCGUUGGCCCUGCCGCCUUCGCUCGCCGGCCCGACGCUAACUCCGACUGCAGCCUCCGGUCCCUCCCCAAUCACCCUGCUCUCCCGGCCCGCCGCCCUGAAGGAGGAGCCCGACGUCCUGACGCUCCGCUCCGGGCCCCCCAGCCCUCCCCUCCCGGCUACCUCAUUCUGUGGUGUUCGGCCCCGGCGGCAGCCGCCUCCUCCGCCCCGCUCCCCCUUCUACCUGGACUCCCUGGAGGACAAACGGAAGCGGCAGCGGGCGGAACGCCUGGAGCGGCUCUUCCGGCUGAGCGAGGCCCACGGGGCCCUGGCGCCAGUUUACGGGACGGAGGUGCUGCAGUUCUGCUCCCUGGCCGGCCCCGCCGGCUCCCGGGGCCCCGGCCCCGCCCACCCCGCCUUUUGGACUCACACCGAGGCCGCCCGCCAGGCCGUGCUGCUGCCCCAGCAGCGGCUGGACCAGCUGGCGGGCGUCAUCGAGAGGUUCAUCUUUGUCAUGCCUCCCGUGGAGGCCCCAGCCCCCUCCCUGCACGCCUGCCAUCCUCCGCCCUGGCUGGCCCCUCGCCAGCUGGCCUUCCGCGAGGACCUGACCCGGGAACUCUGGCCCCGGGCCCAGCCCCUGCACCGCAUCGUCUGCAACAUGCGCACCCAGUUCCCCGACCUGCGACUCAUCCAGUACGACUGUGGGAAGCUUCAGACGCUGGCAGUGCUUCUGCGGCGGCUCAAGGCCGGAGCGCAUCGUGUGCUCAUCUUCACCCAGAUGACCCGUAUGCUGGACGUGCUGGAGCAGUUCCUCACCUACCACGGACACCUGUACCUGCGGCUGGACGGCUCCACCCGGGUGGAGCAGAGACAGGCCCUGAUGGAGCGCUUCAACGCGGACAAGCGUAUCUUCUGCUUCAUCCUGUCCACCCGGAGCGGGGGCGUGGGCGUCAACCUGACCGGCGCCGACACGGUCGUCUUCUACGACAGCGACUGGAACCCCACCAUGGAUGCUCAGGCCCAGGACCGCUGCCACCGCAUUGGCCAGACACGCGAUGUCCACAUCUACAGGCUCAUCAGUGAACGGACGGUGGAGGAGAACAUCCUGAAGAAGGCCAACCAGAAGCGCAUGCUGGGGGACAUGGCCAUCGAGGGGGGCAAUUUCACCACGGCCUAUUUCAAACAGCAAACGAUCCGUGAGUUGUUCGACAUGCCCCUGGAGGAGCCGCCCGCUCCCGCCCCAGCCGCGGCGCCUGGCCCCGAAGAGGAAGAGGAGGCCGUGGCCAACAAGCAGACUCACAUCUUGGAGCAGGCCCUGUGCCGCGCGGAGGACGAGGAGGACAUCCGGGCGGCCACCCAGGCCAAGGCGGAGCAGGUGGCGGAGCUGGCCGAGUUCAACGAGAAUGAGGGGUUCCCUGCUGCCGAGGGGGAGGAGGGAGGCCGGCCCGAGGACGAGGAGGUGUCGCGAGCCGAACAGGAGAUAGCCGCCCUCGUGGAGCAGCUGACCCCCAUCGAGCGCUACGCCAUGAACUUCCUGGAGGCCUCCCUGGAGGACGUGAGCCGGGAGGAGCUGAAGCAGGCGGAGGAGCAAGUAGAGGCCGCCCGGAAGGAUCUGGACCAGGCUAAGGAGGAGGUGUUCCGCCUGCCGGACGAGGAGGAGGAACGGGGGGCCCGAGCCGGCGACGAGCUCGUGGGGGGCUCGGGCGGAGGCAGCCAUCGCCGCAGCAAAAAAGCCAAGGCCCCCGAGCGGCCCGGGACACGCGUCAGCGAGCGGCUGCGCGGGGCUCGGCUCGAGCCCCCGCCCGCGGGGCCCGCCCCCGCCGCGCCCGGACCCCCGGCCCGUGGCGCCGGUUCGGAGAGGUCCCCGCGGGCCGCUUCCCGGCCCCGCCCCGCCCCGUCGCCGCCGGCCCCGGUGCCCCCGCCGGGUCCCGUCAGCCCCCCGCAGUUCCCGGGGCUCGGCCUAGAACCGGAGGUGGAGCCGCCCGCCGCCGAGGCCAUCGAGGCCGAGAAGCACGAGGCGGCGGCCGGCCCCAAGACCCCUCCGCCGGCCCCGCCCCCGGAGCCGCCGUUGGGGACCUUGGAGGUGCCCCAGGCCCUCGAGGAGGUCACCCUACCCGGGACCCCGGCCCCCAGUCCCCCGCCGGAGACCGACGCCGUGGCCAACGGGCACGAGCCGACGCCACCGGAGCCGGCCGGGGACAUCGGCCUGGACAACGGGCUGGAACCCCCGCCCUCUCCUGCCCCGCAGCCCCCGGAGCCGGGCCCCGACCGUGGCGCCGAGCCGCCGUCGGUGGAGCCUCCCGGCCCCGCCUGGGCUCCGGUGCCCGUGCCCCCGGAGGCUCCUCCGGCGUUGGCCUCGUCGCCCAUCUCCUCCUCUUCGUCCCCCGAGAGCCCGUCCCCGGCCCGGCCCCCGCGGCGCCGCAGCAGUGCCGACGUGGAGAUCCGGGGCCAGGGGGCCGGGCAGGCGGGACAGCCCCCGGGGCACAAGGUGUUGCGCAAACUGCCCGGCCGGCUGGUCACCGUGGUGGAGGAGAAAGAGCUGGUGCGGCGGCGAAGGCGGCGGGGCGGGGCCGAGGCGGCCGGGGCCAGCCCCGGGAGCGUCUCGGAACCGGAGUCCUCCCCUCCGCCGGGCAGGCCGCCCCCGCCGGCCCCCGCCCCGGAGCCCGCCCUCCCCGCCAAGCCCCUCGCCGACCCGGGCCUCCCCGGCGAGGCCGGGGGCCAGAACGAGGAGGUUGGGCCGCCCGCGGAAGUGAUCGUCGUGAAGCGCAAGCGGGGCCGGCCCCCCAAGAACAGGCCACCCCAGGACCCCGUGCCGGUCAAGCGGCGCCUGCCCAAGGGGAAGGCGAAGCGGGCGGGGCCGGCCGUGCCAGCGGCAGAGGCGGCGCCGGAGCGGGCAGCGGUGUCACCGGCGGCAUCUGGCAGUGGCACCGGCGGCAUCGCCGGCAGCAGCGGCACCGGCGGCAUCACCGUCGGCAGCGGCACAGUCAGCAACGCCGGCGGCAGCGGGACCGUCAGCAUCGCAGGCGGCAGCGGCACCGGCGGCAUCGCCGGCGGCAGCGGCACCGGUGGCAUCGCCAGUGGCAGCGGCACCGGUGGCAUCGCCAGUGGCAGCGGCACCAUCGGCAUCGCCGGCGGCAGUGCGGCAGCGGCGGCAUCGCCGGCGGUGUCAGGGGCAUCGCCGGUGCAGAAGCGCAAACGGGGACGGCCCCCCAAGGCCCGGGAGCCGCCCGCCCCCAGGACCCAGCCCCAGCCGGCCCAGGGAGGCGGGGCCGACGAGGACCGGACACCACCUCCCCAGCCUCCCGCUGUCGAACCCCCUGCCCUCUCCCCCUCCCCGCCCAAGCGCAAGCGGGGCCGUCCCCCCAAGAACCCGCUGUCCCCCGGGCCCGCCCGGCCCGUGGCUCCGGACCAGGACAGCCCCCCGGGGCGCGAGGCCGGCGGCGGCGGCGGCGGCGGCGGAGGGAGGCGGAAGCAACCGCCACCGCCGCCCCAGCCACACCCACAGCCUCCUCCGCCGCCUCCCCAGGGGGAGAGCGAGGGCAACUCGUCGGACGAGGACGGGGGGCGGCCCCUCACCCGCCUGGCCCGCCUCCGCCUGGAGGCGGAAGGGCCCCGGGGGCGGAAGGGCGAGGGGCCCGCGGGGGCCGGCCCCUCGGCCCGGGAGGACGGCGAGGCGGCCGGAAGCGGCGGGGGCCCCGAGCCGCCGCCCGCCCCGCCGCCCGCCUCCCGCUCCACCCGCCUGCGGCCGGGCUCCCUCCUGCCCCCCUUGGAGAGCGACAAGGCCUCCCGGAAACGGGCAGGGGCCCCGAUGGGCGGGGGGCCGGGCCCGGCCAAGCGGGGCCGUCCUCGGCCCUCGGCUUCCCCCGGUGCCGAGGCGUCGACAGAGGAGGCGUCGGGCGAGGAGGAGGAGGCCGGGGCCCCGGCCGCGGCCGGGGAAGGGGCUCCUCGGCGCCGGGGGCCCCCAUCCCGCCGGGGCGGUGGGGCCGCAGCCAGGGACCAGCGCGUUCUGCGGAGCGGUGCCCCUCCCUCCCAAACGUGCCCUGCCGUCAGCCACAGAGGCCGGAAGGCUAAGACGUGACCGGCCCCUCUCUCUCUCUCUCUCCCCUUCCCGCCCCACUUCGGCUGGCCUCCUUCCUCUCCCCCACCCCUCAGCCGGUCCUGACUGUUAAACCACUACUUGAAGUCUUGGGGAGGGUCUCCGAAGGAGAGAGGAAGGGAGGGAGGCCUCACCUCUUUCCCCCACCGAGGUCGGGGUGGGGGCAACUGGUUGUUGCGGAAACAGGGCUCCCCGCCGCCAUCGCCCACCCCGGGGCCGGGCAGUGUUAAUUGUGGCAAGCUGGCCACAGGCCACGACGGGCCUCCCCCUCCGACACGCGACCCUCCUGGAGGUGGGCGGGGAGGGGGGCUCCAACCGUCUCUCACGCACCCCUUCCCCCCAAUAGAGUCAGGGAGGAAGGGGCCGGACCGCCCGGGGGCGGGGUGUGGAGGAAGGGGAGGUUUGCUCCU